CCGAACCGGUGUUGGAAGUGAAACAAUGGCGGAUUAAAACACUCCUCAUUACUUUCUCUCUCUAUAAACUUCACAGCGCUCACUCUCUAUAUUCUGAUACGAGUUUACUCUCUCGCACAACCCUUCAUACCCUAACCCUAAUUUCCGCUGCCGAAGUACUACUUCUCCUAUUGAUUCAAGAAAUUGAGGGCGAGCGAUAACCGAAGCAAUGGAGACUCACAUCAGCCAUAGUCUGUUUGACAGACGGCCCAUAUCCCGCUCUAGAGGCCCCGCCGUUAAAUGGUUCAAAGAGUGGGUGCCGCAAGAUAUUGUCUCAAAUGGUGGGAAAUGCCUUGUCUUGAAAUGGGUUAAUGAGGCGACGUUGAGGGCCAUGAAGGAGAAGUCGAAGGAGCCAGAUGUGGUGGAGCCCGAGCCUGAACCGACAACGGAAGUGCUCUUCUUGUGCAGUUAUGAAGGCUGUGGAAAGACAUUUAUAGAUGCUGGAGCAUUGAGGAAGCACUCUCAUAUUCAUGGGGAGAGACAAUAUGUUUGCCAUUAUGAGAAUUGUGGGAAGAAAUUUUUGGACAGUUCAAAACUAAAGAGGCACUUUUUAAUUCAUACUGGGGAGAGAGACUUUGUGUGUCCACAUGAAGGGUGUGGUAAGGUGAGUAAACUAGCUUCUCAAACGAGUUUGUGUCACGGCCAUCCUACACAGAAGGCAUUCUCGUUGGACUUCAACCUCAGGUCGCAUAUGAAAACACAUGCGCAGGAGAACUAUCAUAUUUGCCCGUAUGCUGAUUGUGGGAAACGAUAUGCCCACGAAUACAAGCUAAAGAAUCACAUUGCAUCUCAUCACGAGAAGAAUGUGAUGGAAACCCCCAAAUACGUGAUGCCUCCAGAAAAGCCCGUGAAAACGCCCAAGUCUACAACGGGCCCUGCAUCAUCAGACCGGCCGUAUGCGUGUCCGUAUGAAGGGUGUGAGAAGGCAUACAUCCAUGAAUACAAGCUGAAUCUUCACCUGAGGAGAGAGCAUCCUGGCCAUUUUCCAGAUGAGAAUGCCAAGGCCAACCAACCAAACACCGAACACGAGAUGGAUGAAGGUAGCGAUCAAGAUGCAUACGCUGCUGCUGGGAAACGUGGCAACGGUAAACUCCAUAAGCAGAGCAGGCCCAAGCCAAACUUGAAGCUGCCACCUUCAAAAGUUUCUCACCGGAAGACUUCCAUUGUUUCCCCUGUCAACUUGAAUCUAGUGAAGAAACAUCGGCCUCUCAAGGAGGAAAUAUACGAAGAAGAAGAAGAUAGUGAAGAGACAGAAGAGGAACGAGAGAAUAUUGCAGCAGAUGGAUGGAGAUACGCCGACAACAAUGAGGAUGACGACGAAGAGACAGAAUAUGAGGAUUAAGUUAUACCUGUAAUCGGUUUAGGUGAACAUAAGAGUGCAAUUUUUUUUUUCAGAUCUUCUAAUAACAUUUUAGAGUUAGAUACUACUUUAGUUAUUCAAUACUAUUAGGUAUUAUUUCAAGAGCAAUCAGAAGUUUCAUGUGUUCCAUAUCA